CGCCGGCCGAGCUAGAACUUGCCGCUUCGCGGUCUUGCGGGCUUGCAGUGUCCCAUCCAGCCUCCGAAAUAGCCAGCUGCUCUGGGAUCGAGCUAGCUCAUGCCUGCGUUUCAAGCUGACAGUGACAAGCAAAGAGAACAUGCGCCCUUUUUCGAUUCACCAAUUGACCAAUCAAUUUGAAUGGCUCAGAGCGUUUGUUAGCAUCUGCCUCACUACACCAUUCAUCCGCUGGGAGCAUUCCAAUCUUGCACAGUGCUCCCUUGACACACCUUCCACGAAUUUCAAUUUUUCAUGUUGGCUGGCUCUAUGACUACUCUAUCCUGCGCUCCUGUGAGCUACCUAUGAUAAGAAAUGUGGGCUUAACAUCUAUGAUAAGAAAUGUGGGCUUAACAUCUUAAACUUGCGGAUGCUGAAGCAAUCCUGUAUUUUGUCGUUGCUCUCCACUUCAGCUCCCUCGCGUCGCCCCCGCUAGGCGACCGAGGGAGCCCCUUCACGCGCCACCGCUCCAAGAACCCGCCGCCGCCUCCCCCCUCCCUCGCCGUCGCCCGAGCGGGCCCCCGGAAGCCUAGCGGCCGGCGAGGAAGGCGACGGCGGGGCGAAUCGGCCGGUGGGGGCCUCCAGCGCCGGGGCGGGACGGCGUCUGCGGCCAUGGCCGGGCGGCGGGCAGGAGCCACAUCGGCGUGAAUCCGGCCGGCUGCGGGCGGAUCCGGUUCUCCCACCACCGGAUCUGUUGUCUCCGCCCCUCUCUCUCGCGCGACGGGCGGCGCGGAGCGGCGAUGGCGUGGGGUGGCGGCGCGGUCCGGCAGCGGGUGUGAUGGCGGCCUAGCUGCAACUCCGUCUGCGGCAGGAGCUGCGAACCGCGGGAGAGCUGCGGCAGGAAAGCUGACGGGGCCGAUGUCCCGGCGGGAGAGCUGCGGCUGCUGUCCGGCCGGCCUGGGGACGGCGGCGACGCCUUCUUCUGCUGCGCAUGAGGAAGAAGAGGAGGCCGGCGGCGGCGGGCUGGGCCCCACCGGCGGCGUGGUGCGGCCCCUGGGGGCUGUGCAGGCACGCGUUGGUGCGCCGGUUUAGGCCGUGGAGGGCCACGCCGUGGAGGGCUGCGGCGUGCGUGCAAGGGUGGCCGCCCCGAGUGAGGAGGUCCGGGCGACGAGCGCAGCGAAGAUGGAGUUUUGUCGGAGGAUAUGGCGAAGGAUGGUUACAAGGACAUUGUAAACAUAGACAUUUCAUCUGUGGUCAUCGAGCAGAUGAGAGAGAAACACAAGGAGAUUCCACAGCUAACAUAUGGAUGUUAGGGACAUGGCUUUCUUUGGCAAUGAAUCAUUUGAUUGUGUCCUUGAUAAAGUCUGUUGAACAUUUCUCUUUAGGAACCCUGGAUGCUAUGAUGUGUACUGAUGAUGCUCCUGAUGGUGCUUCCAAAAUGCUAGCAGAAGUGGCAAGGCUUCUUAGGCCUCAUGGGAUCUACUUGUUGAUAACGUAUGGUGCUCCUAAGGAACGACUCCAACUUGUGAGACAGGCUGGAUGCAGCUGGAGUAUUGCACUUUACAUUAUGCCUACACCUAGAUACCAAUCGAAAAUGAGCAAAGGUGCUCCACAGUCUACCAUGGAGGAAGUUGCACUCACUGAGGAUGGUCAACUGCCACCUGACUAUGUUCUCAAAGAUCCAGAGUCAAAUUUCAUUUACAUUUGUCACAAGUUGGCAGUGAAAGAGGCUAAUUGAAGAGCAACCGAGCCAGAGGAAACAACAAAUGCAAAUUAGUUCCUCAUCCUUCAGUCUUCAUCUUGUUUGUUGCUGUUGGAGUUCAUUGUUGAUUUGUUGUACUGGCAUAGCCCGUGGUCGUGAUUUGUGUGAUGUGUUACCCUUGGUAUUAAAAAUACAUUACACUCCUUCAAUAAAUUAAGGAUCACUGAUUGACCGUCCA